AAGUCAAAGAAAGCGGCAAGGACCAAUGUGAGCUAGCGCUGUGUUAUUCUGCUCGCUGGGGGCGUCCGCUCUUCCUUUUCACAAUGGACUUGGUUUCAGCACCAGGUGGGGAGAGCUCAUCGUUGAAGACGCCUGUGGUCGAGCCGGAAGUCGCUGAUAUGGCGUCCGGCGAUCAGGAACUGAAACGGGCUGUUCACCCAGAGACGCGCCCAGAGGGGGACAACACGUCACAUUCUGAACCUGAUACUGAUAGCGAGGCUUCUGGGGAGGAAUGGGAAACAGAGUCCCUUUACGAGGAUUCUUUGCAGAUUGUUCAGGACGAGCAGCUCCGUGAUGGAGUGCCUGAUGCAUGUACUCUGGAGGAAGCAAUCGCGUAUCGCAAACGUCUGCAUGAGCUGGGGAAAGUAGCUUUUGUUGAGGAUACUCUGGGAAAGGGGACUAUCUCCGCCAAGAAGCUCUGCACUGCCUUUGGGAUAAUACCGCCAGCCUUCCUCGAGGAUGCCCCUGAUGAGGCAUUUCACCCACUUCUUGCCAUCGCCAUAUCGCGUGAGUUCUCCAAGAGGCAGAAGCUUCCGCAGUACAAUACUAUCGAGGAUGCUGUUGAGUUGCUCAAGAAAUCCAACAAUAUCAUUGUGAUCACUGGAGCUGGAAUUUCUACCAGUCUCGGAAUCCCUGAUUUCCGUUCCAAGGGCACUGGCUUAUACGCGAGGCUUGAGCAUCUUGGUCUCAGUGACCCUCAGGAGGUCUUUGACAUCCAUCUCUUCCGCGAGGACCCCAGCAUCUUCUUCUCUGUUGCGAAGGAUAUCCUUCCGAAUGAGAAGAAGUUCUCCCCCACUCAUGCCUUCAUCCGUCUGCUCCAGGACCAGGGAAAGUUGCUUACCAACUAUACCCAGAACAUUGAUAAUAUCGAAGCAAAUGCUGGCGUGCUUCCAGAGAAGAUUGUCCAGUGUCAUGGUUCAUUUGCUACCGCCACCUGUAUGAAAUGUGGACACAAAGUCUCGGGAGAAUCCAUUGCCGACGAGAUCAAGAGAGGAGAAAUACCUGAGUGCGUGGCUUGUAAAGAACAGCUCGCACGGGAUACGUUGAGACCGCAGGGCAUGAAACGAAAGAGAAGCUCGAACGGUUCUCAGAAGGACCGUAAAAAGAACUCGUCGGAGAGCAGUUCUGAUGAAUAUGACAUCCCAACUCCAGGCAUCAUGAAGCCCGAUAUUACCUUCUUCGGGGAGGAUCUGCCAGACGAGUUCGGCCGUCGUUUGAUCCAUCAUGACCGCGACAAAGCGGAUCUAGUCAUUGUCAUCGGAACAUCGCUCAAGGUGGCCCCGGUCGCGGAGGUGCCCGGUAUCUUGCCGCGCGAUGUUCCUCAACUAUACAUAUCACGAACACCUGUUUCUCAUAUUGGUUUUGAUAUAGACAUGUUAGGAGACUGCGACGUUGUGGUAUCCGAACUCUGCCGCCGGGCUGGAUGGGACUUGAAACAUGAAAUGAUACCCGAGAACGAAAGAGUAGAGGUUGUGAAGGAGGAAGGUUAUGAUUCACGAUAUAUUUUCAAGGUUGUAGGCGCAUAGCGGUGGAGUUGGUGGUAGCAUAUCAGUUCAGUUGCUCAUGUCGGUUUGACUUCGAUAACAGGGCGUACCUGAGUUUGUGCUAAGACUGUGGGCUGCAGAUUUGGGGAUUAUUGUGCUUCAAGCAGAUUACCAUGGCAGAUUACAGAAUCAUGUAUCAACAAUUCGGCAGAAAGGGGCUAGUAAUCAGUUCUCAUAAUGGUUUAUGCAGACAUCAGUAUAGGUAUUCUCAGGUAGAGUCUAAAUUUUCUAUUCGUUAAUGCAUUCAACAGGUCAUGAAAUUGAAA